AGCUGUGGGAGUGGGACCAUGUGGAGCUGGAGACGGAGGUCGUUGAUCCUGGGUCUCCUCGCUGUCCUGGCCCUGGCACAAGGUUCUAGCCGGAACAAGUCGGAGGUACGAUGGUCGAAUCGAAGGAACAGGAACACAAAACUGGCCUACAACAGUAUUGCUGAUCCUCAGACCACAGGGUUGACAGAGUGGACGUCCUGGUUCAACAUUGAUCAUCCUGGUGGUAAUGGGGACUACGAGAGACUUGAGGCCAUUCGUUUCUACUACCGAGAAAGGGUGUGCGUGCGGCCAGUGGCCAUGGAAGUGCGCACCACUGACUGGGUUGCUGCCGCCGACACUGGGGAGGUGGUGCACUCCAGCCUGGAUAAGGGCUUCUGGUGCAUCAACAAAGAACAGCCAUACGACCGCAUCUGCUCCAAUUACCACGUCAGAUUCCAAUGUCCUCCAGUUCAGGCGUACUGGACGGACUGGGGCGCAUGGGGUCCUUGUUCGACCUCUGCGUGUAACGACAUGGGCAUCCAGGUGCGUAGGCGGAAAUGUGUCAGCACGCAGCCUGUGCCGAUGCUGGUGGCACCGCCCUGCACGGGCCCUCAUACUGAGCGGAGGGAGUGCUCCACUUCACCAUGCCAAGCCAAGUGGAGUCAGUGGGGGUUGUGGAGUGCAUGCUCAGGGACUUGCGGGAAAGGUCGAAGGGGCAGACGAAGGACUUGCAACAGGUCAUCAGAUAAAAUGCAAUGCCCCGGGAGACCAGCAGAGGUCCAGAAGUGUGGGAACACCCCGUGUCCAGUACUGUGCCAACGUAUGUGCCCCGAAGGACGUCCAAGUGAGGACUGCAGCCACUGUGUGUGCGAAGGACGGACACUGUAUGGGGAAGUUUGGAGUGUGACCGGAGUUCCUGUGGCUGGGGCCAGCGUGGCGGAGGAGGCCCAGCCAGAGCCAGUCCGAGCCCGGACGGAUGCAGAGGGUCGAUUCAGGGUCGCUGGCAUGUGUUCAGGCCCUGGGACACAUGUCCUCAUCAGCAAAGAGAAAUUCACUCCUGCCAGUGUGCCCAUUCUCAACAACAGCACCGAACAGCUCUGGGUGAGAGCUUUGCUCAGGUCCUCAGAAAAGCCCUAUAUUGUAAAGCAUCCUGAAGACAAAGUACGAUAUGAAGGACAACGUGUCACUCUUUGCUGUAAAGCUAUGGGAACACCAAAUCCUAACAAACAUUACUGGUAUCACAAUGGAACCUUGUUGGACCAGAAAAUAUACAAGUAUGAUGAAGGUCUGACACUGCGUGAUCUGAAGCCAGAGCAGUCAGGGCAGUACCACUGCAAAGUCAGCAGCCCAACAGGAAGCAUCAAGUCCACUCCAGCCUCCCUAAGUGUUUUUGCUAAAGGAAUGCCACCCUGUAAUUCAACACCUGAGAGGCACCUGAUUAAACUGCCAUUAGACUGUAAACAGCCAAGUACAGAAUCCAAGUUCUUUAACACUGGCCGCUGUCCUCAAAACAAAUGUCCUGGGUCACUGGACUUUGACCUACGCUGCAGAGAUGCAUCUGCUUUCUGCUGUGGGGUGAAGAAAUUGGAUACCAUGGAGAUAAACUGUGGCAGCUAUACUCUGCCUAUAAAAGUUGUGAGGGAAUGUGGUUGCCAGAAAUGUGUGGAGCCCAAAAUUCUUGUCCGGGGUCGGGUGGCUGCUGCAGACAAUGAUGAGCCCCUACGCUUUGGACACAUUUUCUUGGGGAAGGAUCGAAUAGGAAUCACGGGAUAUCAGGGUGGGUUCACAAUUCACAUCCCUUCAGACACCCGGCGCCUGGUAGUGAACUUUGUAGACCCAGCACAAAAAUUCAUAGAUACUCUCAAGGUUUUUAUUUUUGACAAAAGAGGUGGUGCAGUAUACCAUGAUGUAAAAGUCAUGAGGAAGCAGCCGCCUAUAGACAUCGACGCUGGAGAGACCAACACGAUUUACCUGGGUGAAAUAAAAGGAGAGGAACCCAUUGGUCAACUAAUCAUACCUCCCAACUCUUUUCACAAACCCACCGGGGAAACAUAUGAGGGUACGGUCAAAGCCAGUGUCACCUUCUUUGACCCGCGCAACAUCACAACUGCUUCUGCUACACCAGGAGACCUAAAUUACGUGGGUGAUGAGGGAGACAUUCUGCCUCUGAGGACAUACGGGAUGUUUUCUGUUGACUUCAGAGAUGAGGCAAACCAAGAAAUCCUUGGAGCUGGUGAAGUCCAAGUUCUCCUUGACACGGAGCAUGUCAAAAUGCAAGAGCAUAUGUCCACUAUGAAACUCUGGUCUCUCAAUCCCAGCACAGGUAUUUGGGAGGAAGAGGGUGAUUUCCAAACUACUCAGGCUACCUACUCGGAAGGAAAUGGGAGGGCAAAAAGAGAGGAACGCACUUUCUUGAUAGGAAACAUGGAAAUCAGGGAGCGCAGGUUGUUCAACUUGGAUGUACCUGAAAAUCGGCGCUGCUAUGUCAAGGUGCGGGCGUACAUGAGUGACAAGUUCCUUCCUACUGAGCAGCUUGAAGGAGUGGUGAUCAACCUUAUAAACCUGGAGCCCAAGCCAGGCUAUUCAUCAAAUCCUAGAGCUUGGGGGCGUUUUGACAGUGUGAUAACAGGACCUAAUGGAGCUUGUCUCCCAGCCUUCUGUGAUGCUCAGAAGCCUGAUGCAUACACAGCUUAUAUCACUGCCAUAAUGGGGGGUGAAGAACUUGAGGCAGCUCCAUCGACACCAAAAAUGAAUCCUAAUAUCAUUGGUGUGUCACAACCAUAUUUAGACAAGUUAGAUUACCAACGGUCAGACCACGAUGACCCAGCACUUAAAAAAACUGCCUUAAGAAUAAAUUUAGCCAAGCCUAAUCCUAAUAAUCUGGAUGAAACUAAUGGACCGAUAUAUCCUUACCAAAGUUUAAUUGCAUGUGAAAAUGCACCUGUUUAUGCAAAUCAUUUUCGCUUUUUCCGUGUGGAGAAAGACAUAUAUGAGUACAAUGUAGUACCCUUCCAGGAAAGUGAUCUUACAACAUGGACUGGGGAUUAUCUCUCUUGGUGGCCAAACCCUCAGGAGUUCAGGGCCUGCUAUAUCAAAGUAAAGGUCCAUGGUGCAGCAGAAGUUAUGGUAAGGUCAAGGAACCUUGGUGGCACCCAUCCACAGACAAGGGGUCAAUUGUAUGGCAUUAGAGAUAUUCGCAGCACUCGUGACAUGAGCCAUCCCAACAUCUCUGCUGCUUGUCUAGAGUUCAAGUGCAGUGGAAUGCUUUUUGACCAAGCUUAUGUUGAGCGAUCUCUUAUUACGGUCCUUCCGCAAAGCAACUGCCGGCGAACAGGCAUCAACAGUCUCCUGCAAGAGUACCUUACAAAACACCCACCUGUUCUACAAAACAAUGUGUCUCAUGCAUUUAACAUGUUGGCUCCUGUGGAUCCCCUGGGUCAUAACUAUGGAAUCUACACUGUCACAGACCAGAACCCACGCAUUGCCAAAGAGAUUGCCAUAGGUCGUUGCUUUGAUGGUACCUCAGAUGGUUUCUCCAGGGAGAUGAAGGCAGAUGAAGGAGUGGCUCUAACUUUCAGCUGUCCCAAAAGAACAGUAAACCGUGAGAGUCUUUUCCAGCGCUUACAAACUAAUCCUCGCCAAACUUUGGCACAGAUGGCACGAGAGAUGAGGGAAUCACAGGGCAUGCAGGUCAGAAGAGGUUCAGCCCAAGUUGUGGCAUUUCCAUCUGAGCAACAGGGCAGGACUCAGGGCCGAAGAGGUAGCACUACAAGCAGGAGGAGACCAGCCACACGGACUCAACCAAGGCAGUAGAUCUGCUCUUAGGUCUUCCGGGAAAUGCUGGACAAAGACACGAGAAUCACAAAACUGGCCAUUCAGGGCAGAUUGGAUACCCAUUUAUUUGUCUCAAACCCACCAGGUUUUAAGUACAAGGACAUGUAUGGCCAGGAGUCGGAAGGGAAUUGUUAUUCACAUGUUUUUUCAUUCCUAGAAAAAUAUCACAUGAUAUUAUAAGACAUUUCUUUAAUUCAUAUGGCCAACAUAACUUCAGGAUGGAUGCAUUUAUUUAUUACAGUUAGCAUAAAUGGUCAGCACUCACUAAAGUGUGUGGUCUUUUGGACCUUCCUUAUAUACCACAAACAUUUACUACCAUUUAAAAAUCCAAAGAAAUCCUUGUUUAAAGACUGCUUUCACAAUUCCCAUGAUCCCAUUAACCCCCUUAUGAGCUUCCAUUUAAUGACAGAUGGUCUCUGUUCUUUUGUCAGUUAUCACUGUAGGAGUGGGCAUGCAUGGGGUGCAGUGCACCAGAUCCUUAGUGAAGCAGAAAGGAUGUUUUCGAAUGAGCACAGCAGUAUCCC